AGUUUCAAGCUCGCUCCUCCCGACCACUAGCUCCACCGAGCAGCCGGGAGGACGGUUGCCUGGUAUUAACAGCAAGCGGGAAGUAUGGCGGCGGCGCGUGCCGCCGCGGCUUUGCCUCCUGGAGAAGGAUCAGUGGUCAAUUGGUCAGGGCAAGGGCUACAGAAAUUAAGCCCAAACUUACCCUGUGAAGCUGAUAUUCAUACUUUGAUUCUGGAUAAAAAUCAGAUUAUUAAAUUGGAAAAUCUUGAGAAAUGCAAACGGUUAGUACAGUUGUCAGUGGCUAAUAAUAGGCUGGUACGGAUGAUGGGUGUAGCCAAACUGACCCAACUCAGGGUGUUAAAUUUGCCUCAUAAUAGCAUUGGCUAUGUGGAAGGCCUAAAGGAACUGGUUCAUUUGGAAUGGCUGAAUUUGGCGGGAAAUAAUCUCAAGGCCAUGGAACAAAUUAACACCUGCACCUCUCUACAACAUCUUGAUUUAUCAGACAAUAACAUACCCCAGAUAGGUGAUCUAUCUAAAUUGGUAUCACUGAAGACCCUGCUUUUACAUGGAAAUAUCAUCACCUCUCUUAGAAUGGCACCUGCUUAUCUACCCAGAUGUCUUGCUAUACUUUCUUUGGCGGAAAAUGAAAUCCGGGACUUAAAUGAGGUCUCUUUUCUGGCAUCCUUAACUGAACUGGAACAGUUGUCAAUCAUGAAUAAUCCAUGUGUGAUGGCAACACCUUCCAUCCCAGGGUUUGAUUAUCGGCCAUACAUCGUCAGUUGGUGCCUAAGCCUCCGAGUCCUGGAUGGAUAUGUGAUUUCUCAGAAGGAAAGUUUAAAAGCUGAAUGGCUAUAUAGUCAAGGCAAGGGGAGAGCGUAUCGGCCUGGCCAGCACAUCCAGCUUGUCCAGUAUCUGGCUACAGUCUGUCCUCUCACUUCUACGCUGGGCCUUCAAACUGCAGAGGAUGCCAAGCUAGAGAAGAUUCUGAGCAAGCAGAGAUUUCACCAGAGGCAGUUAAUGAACCAGAGCCACAAUGAAGAGUCGUCUCCUGUUGAAUCAAGGGCAUCAUUUGUGCCAGAGCAUUCCAGCCCCAUUCAAGAUGGCCAGGUAGUCCCAGAAAGCGAACCCGUCAUCCAAGUCAAUUCUUGGGUUGGGAUAAGCAGUCAUGAUGACCAAUCACAUGCUGUUAAGAAUAACUUUCCAACUUCUGUACACACUGCAAGAUAUUCUCGAAAUGACCUGCACCUGGAAGACAUCCAGACCGAUGAGGACAAGUUAAAUUGCAGUCUCCUCUCUUCAGAGUCUACUUUUAUGCCAGUUGCAUCAGGACUCUCUCCAGUAUCACCUACAGUGGAGCUGAGGCUGCAAGGCAUUAACUUGAGCCUAGAAGAUGAUGCUGCUGCAGAUGAAUCUGUGAAAGGGCCAGAAAACCAGAGCUUAUCAAACAAGGAAGAGGAAAAGGCUUUGGGGGCUGCAAAUGAGAAUUCUGUUCAGAUGACAAAAAGUGCAGUUGGUACAGAGGUAAAUGAGAAAGAUGGACUGUUAGCUUGUCCUGAGCCACCAGCCACCAGUGCUGGCUUGAAGGAUCACACCCACAGUCUUACGUCUUUUCCUGAGUCAGUUGGACACAGUGUCUUCCAUACGCAGCCAGACAGUGAAGAAGCCAGGUCUCAAAUAGCUUCAGAGAAGCUUCCCUGCAGGCUGUUAACUCAGAAAUCUGUUCCUUUGGGACAAGAUAAAGUUGCCCUCCAGAAACUGAAUGAAGCAGCCACCAAGCUUCAGGCCUGUUGGCGGGGCUUUUAUGCCAGGAACUAUAACCCACAAGCUAGAGAUGUGCGCUAUGAAAUCCGUCUUCGCAGGAUGCAAGAACACAUUGUCUGCCUAACUGGUGAAAUAAGGAGAUUAAGAAAAGAAAGAGAUGAAGAACGGAUUCAAAAAUUUGUUCAAGAAGAGGCUGUCAGAUUCCUUUGGAACCAGGUAAGGUCUCUACAAGCUUGGCAACAGACUGUGGACCAGCAUCUAAGUUCCUGCCAUAUUGAUGUUCCCCCUAUAUCAAGUACUCUGGUGCCAUCUAAACCUCCUUUAUUCACCCAAAGUCAGGAGCCAUCUUCUGAUCAAAAUUCUGAUUGGUUCAUUGCUCCUGAUGAAGCUCCUCAAGAGAAAUCCUUACCAGAAUUUCCAGACUCUGGUUUUCAUUCCUCCUUAACCGAACAAGUUCACUGUUUACAGGAUUCUUUGGAUUUUGAAAAAAGUUCCACAGAAGGCAGUGAAAGUUCCAUGAUGGGGAAUUCCAUUGACACUGUCAAGUAUGGCAAAGAGUCAGACGUAGGGGAUGUUAGUGAAGAACAUGGUGAAUGGAGUAAGGAAGGCUCAAACAAUGAGCAGGAUAACAGUCUGCUUGAACAGUAUCUAACUUCAGUUCAGCAGCUAGAUGAUGCUGAUGAGAGGAGACACUUUGAUGAAGGAACGGGAGAUAGUAAGCUUCACCUGCCUCGUUCCCCUGAAAAGUUAGAUGUCUUAUCUGAUAGUGCGUCUGUAGAUGUCGCUCAAGGCGUAUCUCCCGCUUUGCCAUAUGAAGUCAGCCAGACACCAGAGAAUUGUGAAUUAAAUGCAGAAGUACAAGGGCAGCAGUCAGAAUGUGAUUCUACAUUUCAGGUAUUGCAUGUUGGUAUUAUUGUGUAGCAUGUCUGGUUGCUUGAAAAGCAGAAGUCUAUUUAAUUUAAGAAUAUUUUCAUGGCUUUUUUGGGGGGGAAGAAUAUUUCUCCCGAUUUUGUUACUAUUUUUUUUCCCCUGCAACCUAGGUACUGAGGUAAAUCUUCCUUUUUGUUUUGUUAGCUUUUUAUUUAGCUAUAAUGUAUCAAACAAUAUUUAUAUUGAAAGCCACAUGCACUUUAUUAACAACUAAAUUGCAUUAACAGUGUUCCUAUGUUUUGAUGUAUUCAUUUCCUUUCAGAAAUAAACUAGAAUACCUUAAAGGAGAUAGAAAUUUUACCUUAAAGAUACAAAUAAGAGAAUUUUUAAUUCUUCUGUAUGUGAGAAAGUUAAUUAUGUAGUAAGGAAUGUAAUUUGCUACAGUAAAUAUAAAUGACAUAUAGGAUUGUGAACUAUUGAAAUUUGCCAGCCUCUUUGGAGUAAGAACAUGUGUUUUUAAGCUUUUUCCUCUCUAUUAAUCCAUGAAAGACUUCUUGUAAGCAAACAGGAAAAAAGGUAAGAUGAUAGGAUUUUUCAGUGGGAAUAAUUAAGUUGUUUCAUGGAAAACUUGAACGUUAUGUAUCAAUUUUAACACAUGAAGCAAAGUUGUCUGUCCAGAAUUAAAGUGAAGCUUGUUUAAAGGGCAACACAAGAAUAUUUCUGUUAGGUAUAGGCUCCAUUCACUUGGGAUAAUAUCCCGGCAAACAUUUAUUAUCUUUUCAUUUAGUGAUUUUUCACCCCAUAGAUAAGCAUUCCCUGGUGGCUCAGUUGGUAAAGAAUCCACCUGCAAUGUGGGAGACCUGGGUUCGAUCCCUGGGUCGGGAUGAUCCCCUGGAGGAGGGCAUGGCAACCCACUCCAGUGUUCUUGCCUGGAGAAUUCCCAUGGACAGAGGAACCUGGCAGGCCACAGUCCAUGGGGUCACAGAGUCAGACACGAGUGAGUGACUAAGCACAUGCACAGAUAAGAAUUUAUGUGCCAAUAUAUUGCCAGAAAUUAAUGUACGCUUUCUUUGUUUCUGCUUUAUAUUUGCUUAUAUAUUUCAGCAGAGGCCCAUGGUCAUUUACUUCAUUCUUGACCUCAUAGAGAAGAACAUUUAAAAUAAUACCAGUGGUAGAAUAGGAAUGACAUUUUUAAUAAGGACUAUUUUCCAUCUAAAUCUGAAAAAGUGCCACAUUUGGAAGACAACUUAAUGGUGGUAAAGAAAAAAUAAACCUCAUUUAUUUCUUUAUUCAUUAAAAAGAGUAUAUAUCUGUAACUCCAGGAAGAAAUGAUAAUAUUGUGUUUGAAUGUUAAUAAAUGCAUUUGCAAAUCAAGGAUAAUUUUUGGAAGCUUGAGAUUCUAAUCUUUGAGAAUGUUCUAAUAUCAUUGAACACACAUAUCUGACUUCCCCCCAGUCUGUGUGUACAAUGAUUUAAAACUAUGGCAAUAAUUAAGUGUUCUUUAAAUUUAGGUGCUAAAUAUGUAUUCAUUAUUCAGUUACAGUCACUAGGUCCCCUUCUUUGAAGUUACAUAAAAUAAAAGCUGAUCCUUCCAAGAAUAAAGUCAGGGAUCACAUUUUAUGUUGAGAGUUAGAAACAUUUCCUCACUGUGGGUAAGAUGUUCUUUUCUCAGUUUUUAAAUAUGUAGCACUCAGGUUGAGAAGAAAUCCUGAGGUUGAGAAGAAAUCCAGAAUCUCUUGCAAAGGAAAGAUUUUCUGUCUCUUACAAACAAACAGCAGUCUUACAUUCAAAAGAUUUUCCCUAGUGAAGCAUGUGAAACAUUGAUGUGUGUUAAAUAAAAAUAGAAUUUUUAACUUUUUGAAUAAUGCUGAUUAUCUUUCCUGAAUGAUUUUGAAUUUCUUCUUAAAUCUACCCUAUUUUUCUAUUUUAUAGUUAAGUGCCUCAUUUGCUGCCUGUAGUUAGACAAAGGAAAACCAACUUGCACUGCACUAGUACCAAAGUGCUGCUUCAUGGUGCAUUAAUUGCUUGUUAAUUUCUUAUAAAAGCUCCUGAAAUGUUGCGGUUCAGUAUUACCUAGUGGGUUUCUGCUGAGGUCUCCUCCCUCUUCUUCUUCUUCUUCUUUUUUUUUUUUUUUGAGAAAUGGCAAAACACAACUGAGUUCAUUUGAAUAUUAGCAUUUACAAGCAACAUUUCCUUUUUUUACCUCUGCCUUGUCUUUCUAGCCCAUAAAUGGUAUUCAGCGUACUUUUAAUUUGAGAUUGGCAGAAUAUGAUAAUGACUAAUAUCCUACUCUUCAUUCUAUUUAACUUUACUAGUGUUUUGAAGUGCAAGAAUAUUAAGUAGCCCCCAAACUUGACUGUACAGAUUACCUUGAAUGUAAAUAGGAUGAAAAUAAUGUAUAUUAGACUGCAGGAAAACUGUGGCAUAGAUAAUAUAUUUUAAUAGGUUUACAGUGUAAUUUAAAAUUAUUUAACCAAGAUAUUUGGUUUUAACUCUGGGCUCUUCAUUGGUCUGGCUGAAGAGGGAAUGGGCCUCGUAUGGUUCGGGAAGUUGAGCUUUACCACAGUAUUUGUGUUUUUCUAAUAGACAUUUAGUUUGGCUGUGCUAUUUUAAUUCAACUCUCUUGAUUUAUGGCCAAUUGAGUAUAUCAAUUAAAUAUUUCUUCAGAAGCACAGAAUUAUACCAUGUGAGAAUUUUAAGGACCUUAGAGAUUGUCUAUGCUAAUCUCUUUAUUUUAAAGAUAAAACUAAAGCACAGAGAACUUAGAUGACUUUUCUGAGGUUAUAGCUAGUUUAUAGGAAAAGAAACUCUGGAAACUGAAAAGUUACUGUAUUCCAGAAUUUUAUUUUACACAUUCUAUUAUUUUUUUAUUUUUAGUAAGUCUGUAGAAAGUCUGUACAUAUUUUUCAUUUUCUUUGAAAGCGAAAAAUUACUUCUAAGAGAGCUAGAGCUCUACCACUCAAGGCAGUUACUUGUAGAAAACAACUGAUUUUUUUCACUCAGAACCUGAGUGAAUUUUCUCCAAGAAAUGUGAUUUGAUUAAAAUCGUUUUAAAAGAGUAAUGCAGUAGAAACUAACAUUUGGAAAGAAUAAUUACAUCUUGGAGUCUAUUUCACUGAUGAUGAGAAGUAUAACAGAUUGCUGAGAUAUAUAAAAUUUUCUAGUGAAAAGCUAGUUUGAUUAUAUUUCAUCUUCAGUUUCUCAGAACAACAGAUGUUAAAGUUUAACUCUCCUGAUAUGCAGAAAGCUUCAAUCAUGACAGUUGAUACAUAAAUAAUAUAGUUUGGUUUUAUAAAUUCAAUUAUAAAAGGCCUUAUAAUAUGCAUGUUUUUAGGAAAAUAUUUAGCCACACAGUUGUUAGUAUAUAUGGGGAAUACUUUAUUCUUGAAUAUGUGGGUGCCAUUCUUGAGAGUGAAUUUGUCCUUUGUUUUGGAUUAUUUUAAAUAUAUAAACAACAUAAUAUUUUAUUUUCCUGUUAAUCUACUUAAGAUAGGUCCAGCUCCACUUUUAAUAAGUAUUUUCAGAAACAACAUGGACUUAAGAUAUACUGUCUCCCUUUAGUUAGUUAGGUAGUUUUUUUGGCACCAAUUCUUAGACUUGGAUUUCUAACAAUAAUAUAAACUAUAAAAAUUUUUUUUUCUGGAGAGUUAAGACAUAAUAAAAAAGGAAAAUAUAAAAUGAGUCUGGUCAGUUUCCCACUUGCGAGUGAAAAGUGAAAGACUUGAUUAUUUAUUUUGCCACAUUAUUUAUUGUAAUAUUUUAACUUUUAAAUAUAUGACUUCCUUAUUUAUGAAAUAAAACGAAAAUGGUCUGUAAGGGACAUUCUAAGCAUUUUUAGUGAUAUUGUUUUCAUUGAUCAAACCUAUUGUGCCAUAUUAAAUUUAAAAGUCAAGUAAACAGAGUAGUCCUCAUUGCCCUGAAAGAAACAGAUACUUAGUUGUGUUUUAAAAAUGAGGUGCUUUUUAUUUGUGAAUGAGUAGAAAUCAUACUAUUGUUUACUUUCUUAAUUGAUUUUAGCGGAUCACAGGGAUCACUCUGUAGAGGCUUUGUUCAUUUUCUGAUUAAGUUUCUUUGAGUGUUUUGUAAUCAUUUUACUGCUAACAAUACAAGUUUAAAAAUAAUUUGACUUUUCACUAUUUUUAGGUUUCUCUUUUAUUAUAGAAAUAGUAAAUGAUUUAAAGUGGUUGUGGAUUAAUGAAGGUUUAAUUUAUAUUGUCCUUAAUUUGUAUUUGAGUCUCUAAUUCUAAAUAAAAAUUUGUAUAUGUGUUUGAGUGGUUUGUUUGUUAUAAUGAUUAGUUGUGUGGUUGUAAGAAGAGGAAGACUCGAGAAUUUUUUCUUUUGGGCAUGUCCAGAAGAAAGGCCAUUUGAAGACACAGCAAAACGGCAGCCAUCUGCAAGCCAGAAAGAGAGGUCUCAUCAAACACCAAACCUGCUGGCAUCCUGAUCUUGGACUUCUAGUCUCCAGAAGUAUGAGAAAACCAAUUUAAGUCAUUCAACCAAUGGAAUUUUGUUUAAGUCAUUCAAUCAGUGGAAUUUUCUUAUGGCAUCUUAAGCACAAUAAUAUAGUUGGUUAAUUAAGAAUUGAUUUGACCAAGAAAUAGUAAAAGAUGAUAUAUAUUCUUUAACAUUAAAAAAGUUCUUUAUUGAAAUAUAAUUGAUAUAAAAUGAACUGCAUAUAUUUAAAGAAACAAUUUGAUGCAUUUUGACACAUGCCCAUAAAACCAUCACAACAGUCAAGAAAAUGAACAUACUCAUCACCCCUGAGAAGUUCCUCAUAUCCUUCAUAACUCAUCCUUCUGCUUUAGUUUCUUUUACUCAGCAUAAUUAUUUAGAGAUUCGCCUGAUAGUUCAUUCCUUCUGAUUGCUGAGUUGUAUUCCAUUGUAUGUAUUUGCUAUGAUUUGUUUUUGAGUUCUUCCAACCUUAAAAGUUUUCCUCCAGCUUUAUUGAGAAGUAGUUGACAGAACCUUGUGUGAGUUUAAGGUGUACAACAUUUUCACAAUAAGGUUAGUUAACAUGUCCAUAACUUCACAGUUAUAAUUGUGUGUGUGUGUAUCUGUGUUGAGAACUUUUGAGAUCUGUUUUCUUGGACUUUCCUGGUGGUGCAUCGCUUAAGA